UGCUAUGUUAAGGAUCAACGGGGACUAUGACUAACUCGACGAUAACUCGACGAUAUCGUACAAUUUUGAAUACAGGUUUGUGGGUCUGUUCACUGUAGUGUGUACACAACCAAUACGCCGGUAUACCUGUGUAUUAACAAAAUGUUUAAACGCCAGAGCUCCCGGAAUGAGGCGGAGUCGAAGUACUCACAACACUGGCCCUCUGUCAACUAUCUCCUCGUGCUUUUUCGACGACAGGUUUCUCUAAAUUUGUACAGAAAUGACGGAAAGGCAUUAAUCUGUAUGCUAGUUUGUAUUCCCAAUCAAGUCAUUUGUCACAGGUGAUAGUAAAGAUUAAUCAACAAAAAUACCUGUUUGCUCAGUUAGGACACACGUGAUUUCUACUCAAAAUACGUAGUCUUACAAUUACCUGGAUAUAUUGUGUUUUGUCUGCAAUUUAGGGUGUGUGUGUUACCUGCUUUUUCACUCCUUCGGCUCCUGGAAUUACUUGGUGGGAUUACUUCCGGAUUUAAAGUUGAUUUUGUUUUAUUGGAGUUUUCAUCUUCAAAAGAUGUGAAACAUAUCAAAGUACAAGAAUUUGUUGAGCAGACAUGAGGCAGGAGACGACCCGGUCCUGAUGAAGUUCCAUAGUAGAUUAGCCCUACUUCUGAUCGUGUUCGUACACGUCAUCUGUGAACCAAAAUUUGUAGGCGCCGAUGAAGAAGACAGCGAUGACGCAGAUGAUGACUUAGAUGAGGAGGAGGAAGAGAACUUUAAAUCUGCACCGGUGUUUAAACAAUUGCAAAAUGAAGCACAAUCUUCACUUGCAACGCAGACAGUGGCAGGGGAACUGGAAACCCCCACUACUCCGACCGGAUGGAGCUCAGUCUCGUCCACACUUGUGAAAAACAGCACUUCUGCAAGUACAACUGUACCACAUGACUCCACCACAUCGUCGUGGACGUCGCCUACUGUUCCAACCACGUGCAGUGCUGUUUCCUGUCUCCAUGACGGCACGUGCAUUGAAGGAGAUGUAGGGAUACAGUGUUUUUGUCCUAGCCAGUUCACGGGCGUGUAUUGUGAAAGCCUCUUAACCUGCCAGUCUGACCCGUGUGGGGCCGAUGUGGGGUGUGUCGACAGCCCUAUGGGACCGUACUGUAUGUGCCCGGGGGACUUCAGAGGCGACUUGUGUCAACAGAGUGACUUCCAUGUCCAGUGUUCCGUCUCCACCACACAGACGUUUCACGACCUGACAACACAAGGGGCGGGGCCCAUCACAUGUUUUGCCGCCAAUAGCACCACCCAAUCAAUAUGUUUCGAUAUGGACGACUCAUUGGUGUAUUCUAUCGACAACCCAAAUCCUGGGCCCUUCAACAUCACCUACAAUGCUCUUGGGGACAGUUUCUGUCUGUAUGCUGACUCCGCUAUGGUGCAGGGAGGCACGCAUUGUUUUCGACUUUGGGCUACGGAAGCAGACGACCUUCUGUACCGUCCGUGGCGUAACGCUAGUCAUGACCACUGUGUGGUGUUCAACUCACCGCCAGUAUUACUUGGGGAGCCAUACUCGGUGACGGUUGACGUAACCGACCUCAGACGGGGUCUUGCUUUACUGGACCUAAACUACACAGACAAUUUUGUUUUCCCAAAUGUCGAGUUCUUCGUCUCUGGUGUGGCACCUGCUGCUUGGGAGAGCUACUUUGGUGUUGAAACAGCAACAGGAAUUGUUGGUCUGGAUGCUGACAUACCUAUACCAGUCUACAAAUAUCAAAUGGUGGAAAUCAACAUUACGGUAACAGAUGGCGGAAUCCCUGCCAUGGCCGACGAGGGUGUGGUACAUCUUGUUGUCCUCAAUGGAUCGCUCUUAUGUACAGCUCCGCCCGUGUACCUCAGUCUGGGGGCCUUACCCAACGGACAGACAAGCCUCGGGACAGUACAGUGCUCAGGAGUAGCGGAUAGUACACUCUCCUUUACAGCUGAUCCAUCACAAGGUUUGCUGGUUGUGAAUUUCCAAGGAGACCUGUUUCUGGCAAAUCAGUCACAAGGGUUGUCUUCCCCUGGUAACUACAUCGUUCAAGUCAUGGCUCACCAGCCACCGUUUCCUAGUGUCGCUGUGGACGUCAGCGUCAGUGUUGGUUAUUUCGAGCCAGAGUGUUUAGCUUCUCCAAAUCUGGUUCUGAUGAUUUCGGAAGAAAGUCCAGUAAACAGUUGUUAUGAACUGUACCAAUGUAGGUCACCAUUGUUUGGGGGUCCUAUGAACUGUGCAUUACCUUCAAAUGAUACCCUAGGGAGCUACUUUGAGCUAGACUGCACAGCGAUGAGCCAGAGCUUCAGUCAUCACCUGGUCAAUGUCUCGGUCUGUGUUAACACAAGCAUAGCUCAGCAAAAUCAACUAGGCAUACACCAGGUGCAUGGAGAAAUCUCAAAUGCUUUUGGAACAACAACUUCAAUUUUUGGAAUAGAUGUCCUGGCGGGGAACUUCUUUCCUCCAUCAUUUUCUAUCGUCAAUUACGUUGUGGAAAUUUCGGAAGUGACUGCUAACGGGACUGAUCUGUUCCAGCUGAUGGCAACAGAUAAUGAUAUUGACGACGUCCUGACUUACAGUAUCAUUUCUGAUCAAAAUGUGCCAUUCACUGUAUUGGGGGACAAGCUGCUGGUGUACGGCAAACUCAAUGCCACUUUUCAGAAUUUCUACACCUUUCAAGUCAAGGUGAGAGAUCUAGUAGGACAUGAGGCCAGGGCACCGGUAUCCAUCACCAUUUCUGAUGUCAAUGAACCACCGAUUUGUUCCACUCCCUAUUCCUUUGUAGUGGAUGCCACGGCUACCAGUGGCCAAGUCGUGACACAGCUGGCCUGUUAUGACACAGACAGGCAGGCCAGCUUUCAAAACUUCAUUUAUCUACUCAAUCCAUUUGCAUCAAGCUCAAUUUCUUCCUUAUUAAAUGUCAGUUCAGAUGGACAGAUAGCUCUGCUACAGGACAUGGGAGGAGAUGUGGAGUCUUAUACCUUCACUGCCCUGGCUAGAGACUUCGGGGGUCUAAAUACAUCUAUACAAGUCACCAUGAUAGUCAAUAGAUAUUUUGCUCCUAUUUGUCCACUCGGCUUUGUUGAGACAAACAUCAUGGAUGACUUCGGCCCUUCCCGAUGCUUCAGUGUAGACACGGGCUGUACUGAUCCACUAGAUGGAAGUCUGUUCUACAGCCUCACAGGUGGAAAUGGCACUCAGCUGUUCUUCGUCCAGCCAGACGUGUCCAGCCUGCCGGUGACCACAUUGACCCUAUGUCCACGAGCCAUGCUGACCAGCCAGCUUGGUACCUGGCAUGUCAACAUUGAAGUGAGAAAUCAGUUUAACCAAACAUCAAUACUAGUACAUGUGGUUGUGGAUGAGAAGAACGAUCAACCCGUCUUUGCUGGUCCAGUUUAUGUGGCCAGUAUCUCAGAGAAAACUCCUGUUGGUGACUUCUUCUUACAGACUACAGCUCAAGAUGCAGACAUCUUACCUAUCAACAACCAGCUCACCUUCUCUUUAGACCUUGGUGACGUAGACGGGUUUGCUAUUACAACAGACACAGGUAUGGUCAGUACCACCAGGGUGUUCAACGCUUCAAAACAGUCUACCUAUACAUUCAAAGUAAAGGUGGAGGACCCCCAAGGUCUUAGUGACGAGAGGCCAGUGGUGGUGGACAUACAGGAUGAGAAUGACCCUCCACAGUGUGACACCCUGGUGGUCAAUGUACCUGUUAGUCUUAUCACACCGCCUGGCACCUUGGUCGGGGCGGUCAACUGCUGGGACGGAGACAUCCUGGCCGAUAAUAAAAAGCUUGUCUAUGUACUAAGUGGAUCCCUAAAUUCUUAUUUCGUUGUUCGUGACAACGGCUCAAUCGAGCUAAGCCAAAGCUUGCCCCGCACUUCCACCACAACAUACCAAAUGACCCUGAAAGUGUAUGACCAGUUUAUGAUCAACAACAACACCCAGACUGGACAUCUGACCAUUGCCCUCACUGUUACAGUUGACAUCAACAUCCCUCCUGUAUGUGACCGUAUCCUCACCACGGCAACACUGCAGGAGAUGGACGCCCAGGGCACCUGUGUUGGCCAGGAAGUGAUCUGUGAAGACCCCACAGGGGGCAGCAUCACCGUUCUGUCUUCCCAGGGGACGGGUCUCGAUGUGGCCGAGAUCAAGAGCCGAGCGAGUGGCAGUACAAGUGUACUGCCACUUAAUGUCUGCACUAGGUCUACCAUCAAAAAUCGUAUUCAGAACUUCACAGUGUCUGCCAUAGUCAGCAAUGGUUUUGGUACUCAGACCAUUACCUGGAAAUUCCAAGUUGAGGAUGUGAAUGAGCCACCAUUUUUCCUGAAUUCCCUGUUCAACAUGACCAUAUCGGAGAGCUCCGUGGUUGGUACGACUAUACUCAUCCUCGAGAAAGGCGACCCAGACGUUGACACAAUGUUCAAAGACAUCACUGUCACUUACGAUGUAAUCAAUACCCCAGACAAUGUAGCAGUGCCGAUUAGCUUCCUGUUGGACUGUUGUUUCCUCGUCACGGGUAAACUCAACGCUACAGAGCAAGACCUUUACCAAUUCAAUGUCACACUCACAGAUGGGGGAGGGCUGUCACAGUCCAGGAUUGUAUCGGUUUGGAUUGCUGACAACAAUGAGGCUCCAGUGUGCUCCCCAACGAUUCUGACAGAAUCUAUUUCCCUCCUGGUCCAAGUGAAUGAGGUCAUUGUUCAACUCAGUUGCCAUGAUUAUGACAAAGAUCCCAACAACAGAGAAUUGGUCUAUCAAUCUAAUACAGAUUACUUUAAUGUGUCGAGCCAGGGCGAGCUGAUGAUCAGGAGGUCCCUGGAUAGGUUUGUUCCACGUUACACAGUGCUGGUCAAUGUCAUGGACAGAGGCACACCUCCACUGUCCACCUCAGUGACCGUCACUGUCAAUGUCGACAUUGCUAUUAAAGCCGUUUGCCAACCAGCAGUACAGUACCCAAAUGUCUGGGUCAAAGAUCAAUGUGUUACCUUGACGAUGAACUGUGUUGACCCCACCUUGCCAGGGCAGACAUCACAUCUAACCUACACAGAGAGUGGAAACUAUACAAAUGGCUUCACACAGGUCCAGUCACCUAAGGGACAGUAUCAGCUAUGUUACAACCUUGUCCAGAGUGGCAGCUUUGGGUUGACAUUGUCAGUGUUUAAUGGUUUGGCCUACUACAUGUACCACCAACCAUUGGAUGUGAAGUACGAACAAUCCAACCCAGUCUUUGACCAAUCCACUUACUAUGUUAGCGUCCCAGAAACCUUGACAGCUGGACUUCCCGUUACUACAGUAACCGCCACUACUGUCUCACUCAGGGGUUCCAUAGUGUAUUCUAUUACAGGUGGGUCCUGGGCGAAUGUGACCAGUAUCUUCCUUCUCGAUGCUUCGACUGGCGCCAUCUCCUCCCUUGUGGGAAUGCGGGGUUACACAGCACAGACCAUCACUUUGGACGUACAGGCGUUGAAUGACUUCUCCUUGUUGCGGUCGACUGUGAAGGUUGAGGUUUCAAUAUCUGACAUCAACGAGGUACCAAGCUGUAUGUAUCGGGACGGUGUCGUGGGAAACAGUGUGUUGGUGGGUGUAGAUGAUCCAGUGGGAACAUCUGUGUUAAAAAUACAGUGUAUAGACCUUGACAUCAUACCAGAAAACAGGCAGCUCUCGGCAGUGCUCAGCUUCACCCCUUCAGUAUCCGAUGUGUUCAUGCUUGAGGAGCAAGGCGGGGAGUAUACCAUCAAGACCAAGACACUACUGCCAGUCCAGACUGUUACCUAUGACGUCACUUUGGUCAUCUCGGACGCCGCCACACCACCGCUAUCUGUCCAGAUCUUAAGGCGGGUCGUGAUUAACUUGCUGCCCCCAGCUCCUGUGUUCCAUGCCUUCCCCUUCAACAGCACAGUGAUUCAGGUGGAGUGGCAGUAUGUACGAGCUGACUACUACAGUGUCACAACUAGCUUCGUCCUCACAGCGGUGUCCAGUUCUGACCGACACUCAUUUGUAACCCAACCUGAUCCAGGAGUCACCCAGAGCCUCAUCACCAAGCUGGUCCCCGAGACUGAGUACAGAGUGGAGCUGACAAGUGUCACAAGUUAUGGAAAUGUUUCUGCUCCGUCCAUCACCGUGGUAAUGCCAGCUGUUCCGAUCCUGUCAAGUUUUAUGAUGUCACUGCGGUUGCCAGGACAACAGUUCAUUCAGACCCUGCUUGAUGACAACUCGUAUGAUUUUGUUACUUUAAAGAGAUCUGUGGACGAAAAUUUGGAUUGUAUUAUGAAGAGGGUCGCUGGUUACCUGUCUGUGGGCGUGGUCUCGUUCAGGGAGGGAAGUGUGAUUGUGGAUGCCCUAGUGACACUGAACCAGUCGGGCACUGUUGAGAGUGUGUCAAGUAGCUUCCAGUCACAGAUGCAGACAGGCUGGGUUGGCAACAUGUCGGUUGAUCCUCAGUAUUUUGUCGUAAACUCUGGAGACGGUUACAUCAGGAUUACCCAGUUGUCGUUAAACACAACAGACAUCUAUAACAACAUGGACGUGGCUUUUAUCUGCUCUGCGGACGUCAUAGGGACUGUAGGCGCUGUCCAAAGUCGCUGGACGUUCAACGGGUCGGUCAUCAGACCUAACACUUCUCCAAGAUGGCACAUCUCAGAAGAACCAACAAACCCAAACAAACCCACACAGAAGAUUUAUAAAAUGAUCAUCAGCCCUAUUGCCACACAUGACACGGGAAAGUAUGAAUGUCAAGUGUAUGAUGACACUGGCCUGACCAGUCAGACGUCACAGAUGGUGGAGGUCAUACCCCAGCCUCUGCUGACCAUUUAUCCUCGGACCCGGACAGUGGUCAGCGGUCAGUCUAUGAACGUCACCUGUCAGAUCCUCCAACCCCACAAUUACCACGCCUUCUUCACUUGGUACAAGGACGGUUCUCGUAUCACCAGAUCUCCAGGUGUAGAGUUCCUGCUCCUGUCUCCCUACAUGGAAAUGUUAGUGAUCAGACAGGUCACCACGGACGCCCAGUACUCCUGUGAGGCUACCAAUGUGGCCGGGACUGGACCAAGACUCUCCAUGAAGCUGACUAUCAGGAGUGCGAAUGGGAUUGUGUGUCCCUCGGAAACAGAUUCACAGGGAACAAUGUGGACAGAGACGAUUGCCGGAGGACAGGAAAUACUAGAAUGCCCUGCAGAAUUAGAGGGCACAGUGAAGCGUGAAUGUUCAUCCAAAGGUGCAUGGUCAUCGCCCGACUACAGUGGGUGUGUUAGGACUGAUAUCUCCGAACUUCAGGUUCAGACUGACAAGAUGAAGGAGGGUGUUGAGAUUACCUCCCCUGAAAACUCUCUCGUGGUACUGUCUGAUAUCACCAGUCAGGGCCAUUCACUCAACAGCGGGGACAUGGACGCAUGCCUGAACAUCUUGAGUAACGUCGUCACUGUUAGUGACCGUGACAACAAUUUUAUCACCGGCAACGCUAUAGAGGCCUUUGCUAACUCAACUAACAAUCUUCUGGAUGAUGUCAACAAGCCAGCUUGGGAGUUACAGAAGCAGCGGAGAGGGAAGGGUGUGUCUGGACUAAUGCAAGUUGCCACAGAGUUUGGUAAAGUGGGAACCAAGAUGGGGGACACAACCCAGACCUUCAACCAACAAGUGUCUAGACCUAAUCUAGUGAUGAAUGUUGGUAGGACGGAACCCCAGGACAUCGUGUUCCCUAACAGGAACUCCCUCACACUGCCCGACUGGAUCAAAACAUCCACCACCAAAGGGGUCAUCAAGAAGGACGCAAUCUCUGCCAACCUUGGGGCUUCCCAGAAAGUUGGUUAUAGUGGAAUCUACUAUAGAAACAUCUCCAAUCUGAUGCACACCUACCUGCUUCUGGACAGUGAUGUUGAGGACGCAGAUGACAGGUACGAUAUAAAUUCUGAUGUCAUGGACAUCGCCAUAGUCCCAGUCAUGUCCGGAGUCAACUCUUUGGUGGAACUCACAUUCCAGCACUCCUUGACAAACUAUUCCUCCCCAUCGUGUGUGUUUUGGGACUUCUCAGUACCGAAUACUCCCAAUGGGGCCUGGUCUACAAGGGGCUGCCGAUAUGUCAGUACAUCAGAUACCAGUACCACCUGUACCUGUGAUCAUACCACAAACUUCGCUCUGCUUAUGAGUCCAGGCAAAACGCCAGUCCAGCACAUGUUGGCCCUCAGUAUCAUCUCUGCCGUAGGCUGUGCCAUCUCCAUGUUGUUUCUGCUCAUCACCAUCAUCGUGUACCUGUGCUACUGGAGGUAUGUAAGGAGUGACCGAGCCACCAUCCUGAUGCAUCUAUGUGUCGCCUUAUUUGCUGCCUACCUCCUAUUCCUGGUCGGUGUCAACAGGACAGAAAACAAGGAUGUGUGUACAGGUUUCGCAGCAGUACUUCACUACAUUUUCCUGGUGGUGUUUUUCUUGAUGCUGGCCGAGGGUAUAGAAGUGGCGUUUACAGUACUAUAUGUGUUCUCAACUCGUUCCCGUAUCCGCUGGCUCCUACCGCUAUCCUGGUUGAUUCCGGCAGUCAUUGUUGCUAUAUCUAUGGGAGCUACCAAGUUAGAGGGAUACGGGAACUCACAGUUUUGCUGGUUGUCUGUGUACAGUACAACAGGUGUUUUAUGGGCAUUUAUUGCACCUGUUAUUUUAAUCAUUGUUAUAAAUGCUGUGAUAUUAUUCCUUGUGAUACGGGCUCUGUUUAACACCCACACAAUGAUGACCAAGGCCGCCCGCGAACAGGCAAAGACUGCCAUGCGGAGUCUGUGUGUCCUCUUACCUGUGAUGGGCGUGGCCUGGAUAUUUGGUGUUUUCUCUGUUAAUGAAGAUAUGGUUAUAUUUCAAUACCUUUUUGCAAUAUUUAACUCCCUACAGGGAUUUUUGAUUUUCCUGUUUCACUGCCUCAUCAAUAGACAGGUAAAAGAUGCUAUGAAUCAUAGUCGAAGACGGAAGAGAAGUAUGGCCGACCUGGGCACCAAGAGUACCUCCCAGAGCGGUAAUUCUAAUGCUAAAUCUUCCCAGAAAGAUUUCUACGAACAAAAGCAAAAUAAUGUGGAUGUCGAUAAGAAAGAAAAUCCAUUCCUGGAGGCUGAUCGUCAAGUACAACAGAUUGUGGACAAACUUUUGUCCAUUGACAACCUGAAUGCUUAUGACGGCGAGACUAAGGAGAAGAAUGCGGAUAAGGACAUCAUCGUAAGCUUAGAGGAUGUUAAAAUUACAAAUAUAUUUAAGGACUCCGAUGUUACAUCCGGAGAACAGUCAGGGGCAGUGUCAUCAAGUGAUCAAUCGGGAAUUGUAUCGUCAUCCUCAACGCCCCAACAUCAUGUAUCUGCCAGUAAAACUCGCAGUGACCCGACAGGAGGCAACAAGCCUGUGCCAGCAACAUACGAGCAACUGGGUCCCGAACGGAAAGAUUCGAAAUAUCACAGGUAUGAGACAGUGGAACAACAUCGGUCAGAUCAUGGGUCUAACCGUGGAUCGGAUCGUGAGCGACACAAACCAGUUACGGGUCAGAUGUCCCGGCCUGUUCAGUAUAGCCAUGGAUCUGACCGUGGAUCGGAUCGGGAGCGACACAAACCAGUUACGGGUCAGAUGUCCCGGCCUGUUCAGUAUAGCCAUGGAUCUGACCGUGGAUCGGCUCGUGAGCGACACAAACCAGUUACGGGUCAGGUGUCCCAGCCUGUUCAGUAUAGCCAUGGAUCUGACCGUGGAUCGGAUCGUGAGCGACACAAACCAGUUACGGGUCAGAUGUCCCAGCCUGUUCAGUAUAGCCAUGGAUCUGACCGUGGAUCGGAUCGUGAGCGACACAAACCAGUUACGGGUCAGAUGUCCCAGCCUGCUCAGUAUAGCCAUGGGUCUGACCGUGGAUUGGAUCGUGAGCGACACAAACCAGUUACCGGUCAGAUGUCCCAGCCUGUUCAGUAUACCCAGUACAGUCGACCAACUGCUAGCACAUAUUACAACCCGCAAAUCUCGCCCGCUUCAUCCUCGACCCGAUUUUCCUCCACACAGACACGCUCAACUGUUGUGGACCCCUACAGCUCUUCUGACAUGGAGUUCAAGGAGAAUCAGUACAUGACAAGGAUAGACACUAUUUAUCAAAAGGAAGAUAGAGCCGACUCGAAGAAAAAGGUCCAGAAAAAGAAGAGUAAAGAAGUACAAGAUGCUAAUAGAAUCAAACAGGACCUGUAUGGUCUUCCUCAACCAACAACUGAGAAACACAAGAGAGCGUUCCCCAUACCACACUGGGGCAAAUCUAAAGCUUCCACAGAAGAUCCAUAUUCGCGCCAAAGUCAACCACAAGCACCACGGUCGAAACAGAGCAGACGACAACGAGAGCGCGCUCAGGCCUACGCCGUGGAUUCCUCAUACCCCUCCACCCCAACGCACCAAGCCUACCAUACCCCUCCAUCUCAGUACCAGCCACAACCUCAGUCCGGGGGGUCGCGUCACCAGAGCCUGGAGAAUAUCAACAUGCAGUAUAUGGGUAUUCAACCAUUCGGGGGCAUACGCUCAUACGACAACAUUCGACCUGCCGAAAGACAUGAUUAUCCAAUGCCUUUGCAUGAACCUUACGCCGACUACUGGUGAAGUGUUUACUUCCUGUUUGUGUUCAAUUUACACGACCUUGUGUGUGCAAUUGUUUAAAUGAAAGUAUGGUAUCUACUAUGUAUUACUCUGAACAUGUACAGAUUUAACAAAAUGACAUGCAUAGAUCAACGACGUUGAAUUUUAUUGAAACCAUAAACCUAUUACAUGUAUAUACAAAUUAUAUCUAUUUGAUAUACUCUGUCUCUUGGUGUUUAUUAAGAAGGUUUCAAACUCUAAGGUACACAAUGUAAAGAAAAUGUUGUCUGUCUCUUCAAAGUUAUGGAGCUGUUUUGAUAAUCUUUAACAGAAUGAAAUGAAACAUUGUCAAUUACUGUUAAUUGCAUUAUCAAAUUAAAUUAUCUUGAAAGGAUUUGUAAAGAAACGUUUCCUGUCUCGAAGCAAUGACUAAGUGCUGUGUACGUGGGUUUUUAAAGCCUAGUAUAUUUGGGGAAUUAUGUAUCAAUUGAUGUGUCUCACUGCUAAGCAUUACUUAAAUCAUAUCGGUUUUAUUAUUUGUCACGUGUCAUAAUAUUUCUAAUUAUAGUAACUUCUAAGUGUAUACAUUUAUAAGCAUAAAACAAUAUGUAUAUAUGUAUAUUCUUAAAUCGUUUUUUUUUUGUUUUUCUUGAUAUUACAAAAAUGCAUUUCUUGAUUAUGUUAACUGAUAUUUGAUCCUGUUAAGGGAAACCUUAUUGACAUUACAUUAGCCCGCGCCUUGCAAUAGCAUCCCUGUUCACCAAUGAAACACUUAAGAGAUAUGUAUCUGCCUUUUAACUCAUUUCUUCCGUUAUUUUCUGAUAUUAUCUCAACUGACCUUUUUACAUAUUUCUCCCUUAGAUUUUAAUACCUUGAUUUAGUACAAGUUCUUUCAGCAUGUAUGUGAACACGGAUUUUAUAGCUUUUUCUAUAGUGUUAUUUGUUCUCGAACCGCCGGGAAUUCCUUCUACCUUCCUGGAGCAGAUAAAGGUGUUUUCACAUCAAGGUGAUAAUUGAUCUUUGCUUGAGGAAGUGUCGUUUUAUCGAGGUAAGAGGAAGCAUACAACAUAUUUAUUCGCCGAUAACGUAAAUGUUAGGGCGAUAAAAUAUGUUAGAUAUACGGAUUGUCUUUUCGGUCGGAAUGUGUUUUGAUAAGGAUCGUCUUAAUAGCAUGUAAAGUCUGACAUUUUAAAUGCCAUUUACGAUGUUUAAACAUGUCGAAAUAGUUGAUUUUUGCCCUAUACCUCUUCUCCGGUAUUUAGUUUCGUAUCGAGGUGAUAAGUGUGCACAGGACAUAUUUGUUUGACAAGUGAGGUGCCAAUUUCUUUUAUCUCUUUUUGAACUAUUCUCGUUGUUUGAAAUAUUACAGUUCACUGUACAGGAAAUACGCCAUCCUAACUGAACAUUUCCCGAACAGAAUGCUAGUGUGUUGCUGUCAUUGUGGAUAUCUCUGAGGCGUGUGCUGUUACAAAAUUAAUAAGUUUAUUCGUGAAAGUGAAUGUAACGCAAAACCCUGAAAUUUCGUCAAACGGAUAUACCAUAAAAACUCUUAUAUAUGCAAUAUAUUAGAUGUACACAUUAAUUAUUCUAGAGCAAUUGACGUGACUUUCAAUGAAAGUGUAAAAAUCAACUUCUUGUGCAAAUGCUUUUAUUGAACGUGCCAAAUAUAUUAAAUAAUCAUCUUACUGAUACUUUAGUCCAUUUUGUAAUAGAAAAGUAUUUAGUUACAUAAAUGAAACUGACAUUUGUGUCGAGUCCUGUAAUAUAAGUAUAUGCAAACAAUAACAAUAUAUAUAUAUAUAUAUUCCUGAAUUAUUAAAUUGUGAAUAUAUACAUGCCCUGCAAUGAAACUGAAACAACGAUUAAAACAUUCAUUUUAUAUUAUUAUUUGUAUGUUAAAGUUUCGGGUAUAUGUAUUUAUUUUUGUUCAUACUUGCCACUAUUUGCUUAAAGUCCGCAAACAUAUAAGCGGCUGACUAUACGUUGAAUAUGAUAAUGCAAGUAGUUAUGUAACAAUGUGCAUGUGAUUCAUAUGAGAAAAAUCAAAUUCAUCGAAUGUCUCCAGAAAUUUGUUCAAUAUUGCAUAUCUUUUUGGCAAAAUAAACAUUAUUUUC